CAUCGAUCAGCUGCCUCCUCCACACCCCCUACUGCGGAUGUGCCUGCAACCAAGAAAGGUCACCACCCAUAUAAUGGAAUUUUAUCUGAUUCUGUAGAUCAGAUUUCUUCAUUCUGGAUAUCGCAGUAACAAUAUAGGAAGUAUGCAUAACUUCUCAUUUCUGCAAGUAGACUUGAGUGCUAAAGGAAGAAAUUUUUUAAGCUACAGAAGAAUUCAUUUUGGUGCCUUUUAUGGAAUCCUGAUUUUGUUUUGAAUUUUUUGAUAACCUUUUACUAAAGGUAUGAACACUCAAAGAACUUAUCUCAUUUGGCAAGUCCACAUUAAUAAGAAUGCCUAGAAGAGGAUUGAUUCUUCAAACCCGGACCCACUGGUUGCUGUUGGGUCUUGCUUUACUCUGUAGUUUGGUACUGUUUUUGUAUCUUCUGGAAUGUGCCCCACAGACUGAUGGAAAUGCAUCUCUUCCUGGAGUCAUUGGAGAAAAUUAUGGUAAAGAGUAUUAUCAAGCCCUUCUACAGGAGCAAGAAGAACAUUAUCAAACCAGGGCAACCAGUCUGAAACGCCAAAUUGCCCAACUAAAACAAGAAUUACAAGAAAUGAGUGAGAAGAUGAGAUCAUUACAAGAAAGAAAGAAUGUAGGGGCUAAUGGCAUAGGCUAUCAAGGCCACAAAGAACAAGCACCUAGUGAUCUUUUAGAGUUUCUUCAUUCCCAGAUUGACAAAGCUGAAGUUAGUAUAGGAGCCAAACUACCUAGUGAGUAUGGGGUCAUUCCCUUUGAAAGUUUUACCUUAAUGAAAGUAUUCCAAUUGGAAAUGGGUCUCACUCGCCAUCCUGAGGAAAAGCCAGUUAGAAAAGACAAGAGAGAUGAAUUGGUGGAAGUUAUUGAAGCUGGCUUGGAGGUCAUUAAUAAUCCUGAUGAAGAUGAUGAACAGGAAGAUGAGGAUGGUCCCCUUGGAGAGAAACUGAUAUUUAAUGAGAAUGACUUCGUAGAAGGUUAUUACCGCACCGAGAGAGAUAAGGGCACACAGUAUGAACUCUUUUUUAAGAAAGCAGACCUUAUGGAAUAUAGACAUGUGACCCUCUUCCGCCCUUUUGGACCUCUCAUGAAAGUGAAGAGCGAAAUGAUUGACAUUACUAGAUCAGUUAUUAACAUAAUCGUGCCACUUGCUGAAAGAACUGAAGCAUUUGCGCAAUUUAUGCAGAACUUCAGGGAUGUAUGUAUUCAUCAGGACAAGAGGAUUCAUCUCACAGUGGUGUAUUUUGGUAAAGAAGGACUGUCUAAAGUCAAGUCCAUCCUAGAGUCUGUUACAAGUGAGUCUAAUUUUCACAAUUACACCUUGGUCUCAUUGAAUGAAGAAUUUAAUCGUGGACGAGGACUAAAUGUGGGUGCCCGAGCUUGGGACAAGGGAGAGGUCUUGAUGUUUUUCUGUGAUGUUGAUAUAUAUUUCUCAGCCGAAUUCCUUAACAGCUGCCGGUUAAAUGCUGAGCCAGGUAAGAAGGUGUUUUACCCUGUGGUGUUCAGUCUUUACAACCCUGCCAUUGUUUAUGCCAAUCAGAAUGUGCCCCCUCCUGUGGAGCAGCAGCUGGUUCACAAAAAGGAUUCAGGCUUUUGGCGAGAUUUUGGCUUUGGAAUGACUUGUCAGUACCGAUCAGAUUUCCUGACCAUUGGUGGAUUUGACAUGGAAGUUAAAGGUUGGGGUGGAGAAGAUGUUCAUCUUUAUCGAAAAUACUUACAUGGUGACCUGAUUGUGAUUCGGACCCCGGUUCCGGGUCUUUUCCACCUGUGGCAUGAGAAACGCUGUGCUGACGAGUUGACCCCUGAGCAGUACCGCAUGUGCAUUCAGUCCAAAGCCAUGAAUGAAGCCUCUCACUCGCACAUGGGAAUGCUGGUCUUCAGGGAAGAGAUAGAGACACAUCUUCGCAAGCAGGCAUACAGGACAAAUAGCGAAGCUGUUGGUUAACCUAACCAUCGACACAUUAGUCCGAACCAUAAACCAGCAGCAAACCACAACCAGCACUAUUUAUUUAGCCUUAAUUCCAGUGCCAGAUGCAGUGCCUCUUUCAAAGAAUACAUGCUUGUCUUCUGUGCUCUUUCCGACAUUACUUUACCGUAGCAGUAUAACUUCAUAUGAGAAAAAAAGCAACUGUUUCAAUGCAAAGCCUGUUUGUGAGAAUAUUGCACUAUGGAAUCAUUGAUAAAUCAAAAUUUGGUGUUUGGUCCCAAAGUCGUUUUGAGUUAGUUUGUACUCUGAGUCCAUGUUCUGAUGUUUCCUGGUUGCACCUGGGCUAAGGGAUGGAAUGUGUUGUGAUGAUGGUCAGUAAGGAGCAUCCCGUUCCCGCAGAGGUAGAGAGUUACAGAUGGAGUGUCUGGACAAGGGCUCUUCGCUGACCACUGAGUCAACUUGCUCGGUUUUUAUUUUUAUUUUUUUAUUGACGAGAGAGAGAGAGAGAGAGAGAGAGAGAGAGAGAGAGAGAGAGAUGGAUAUCAAUCGUUGCCUCCCUUAUGCGCUCUGGAGAUUGAACCUGCAACCUAGGUAUGUGCCCUGACCAGGAAUUAAACCCGCAACCUUUGGUUGUUAUAGGGGACAAUGUUCCAACCAACUGGGCCACCUGUUGCUUGGUUUUUAAAUGGAGAUCUUUGGUCAGCUGCUUGAAGAAUCCUUUUUCAGUGAAGCAGAGGACAAUUACAUGACACAUCUGAAAUCCCCAAUCAGGAGGAGACAGAAGUAAAAACCCCUUAACUCCAUGUUGCUUAGUCCCCUCAAUGUCUGUUUUUAAACAAAUGGGUAACUGUGGGAAAUACUUAGAUGAGAAUCCAUGACUUAAUUAAAAUAUAAAGUGUUAUUACUUUGUCAUCAUUUGGAGGAUUAGAAGUCAAGUUGCUGUAGAGUGUAGACUGUUUUGAACAAACUGAAAUCAACAUGGAAAUGUCUUAACAGACACUUACUGUGUUGGAGUACAGGACACUGGUGGUGUCUGGGAGCAUCAGUGUACAUGAGCCUGCACGAUCAGGGCCAUUAAGUGGUGGGUGGUUCAAAAUAGAUGAGCAUAGCAUGGUGCUGUGUGUGUUUGUCUUAUCUCAUUUAGCAUGGGUUCAUAUGUAUUUACUGUCCUUUCCUAAUAAGUUAAUAUAUGCUACAUAUGUAUUUGCAUUAUAAUACUUUGAGAGUUUCACUGAAGAGAGAAAAAAACAAUUUAAUGAGAUAUGUCAUAAGAUCACACUGAUUUGAGAAAAGGGGAAGCCGUAUGAAAUCUGAAUUCCAGAAUUGUUUUAGAGAUAUAUAUUACUUGCAGAUAGAAUGAUGUUUUGAGGUAUAAAUUAUAUUAAUGAGAAAAGAUAAAUAAGAAAUUAUAUUCAGAUAGGAUUAUACUAUGUUAUUUAUCACACAUGGAUCUUUUACCAUAGGGUCAAUUGCUAGAUCCAGAAAUUGGAGAUACGGUGAAAGGCAUGCAUAGAUUUUUGAAUCUUUGGUUUUUAAAAAGGGACCUAUGCUGUAUUCUUUCUAUUUGUAUAUAAACCUCUGAAAAAUCACAGAAGAAAAGUCAUUUCUCUUUUGGCUCAGUAAAUCAUACCAUCUGAAACAUUAUAAACUCUAAAUUUCUUGGUGCUACAUGAAUUCAAUUUUACAAUAACUCUUACUAAUUAUUCUUGUAAGUUUUAAGUUGGGGUAGCACUUAGGCUUGUUUUAUUUUUGAAAAUAUGUAAAAUGUCCAAAAUUAUUCAGGCUGUUGUCUCAUUUUUAUACAAGUAUUUAUUACAAAGACCAGUCAAAAGUGAGGGAACCUAAUUAUUUGCAAAGGUAAGUUUCAGCUUCUUUUUUGACAUAAUCAAAUGAUUUUAUCUUUUCUUCUGUUUUUUUUAAACUAGCUUUUAAUUUAAAGAUGGAAGCUAAACAAUGAAAACAGUACUAUGUUUUUGACAUUAAACGGUACCAAUAAAGUAUUUUUUAUCAAAAAUUAAA